AUGCCUGACUCCAUUGCCGAACAUUUUACAUUCCCAACUCACCUCACGCGCUCGUCCACCCGAGACAACACUGUCCUUCCCUACCACCAGAGUCAGAGCAGAAUCAGCGCAACCGAAGAUCAGCCCCGACGACUUCCAACCCAGUCUCGCGAGAUUGAGCUGAACGAGUUGCAAACCCGACACAGCACCCACGGGGGAUCCACACAUUAUCUAAGUCCUGUUGACAGUCGCGAAGAGGAGGAGGACUCUGAAACUGAGAGUUCCGAGCAAGAUCACCUUGUGGUUGAAGGAUCCCCGUCGCAGAUGAAACGCAGCAAAGCCAAGAAGAGCAAAGACAAACGAUCGCCUUCGCGCCCCAAUUUGCGGAUCGAGACUGACCAGAACGGCCAUGCGGACAGAAAGGCAGACGGCGGUAUGGACUCCCAUAUUGAGAUGAGACGGAAACACGUCUCGAGCGACGACCCUGCCGCCAACGUGGCCAGAGUCAUCAGCAGAGAGGAUUUUACGCUCGACAAUGAACUACCACAGACACCGCAGACGCCGGGGAUGGUGACAACCAGUUUCUCAAAUCUCCCUAUCAAAGACAAGCGCAACUUUCUCCUGCUUGUGCUGCUCUACUUUCUUCAAGGCAUACCCAUGGGCCUGGCCUCGGGGUCGGUGCCCUUUCUGUUGAAAAGCUAUCUUUCAUACGGCCAGAUCGGAAUCUUCUCGCUCGCGAUAUACCCCUAUUCCUUGAAGUUGUUAUGGAGUCCAAUAGUGGAUGCGGUUUGGAGCAAACGGUUCGGACGGAGGAAAAGCUGGAUCACACCCAUUCAAACUAUCUCCGGAUUGUCAAUGAUUUACCUCGGAGGGAGGAUUGAUGAAAUGAUGAAGGCUGCAGGGGUGGAUGAUGGGUCUGGCGUUUGGGGAUUCACGGGCUGGUGGUUUCUUCUCGUCUUCCUCUGCGCUACACAGGAUAUUGCAGUGGACGGGUGGGCCAUCUCGCUCUUGUCGAUCCAAAACAUUUCCUACGCCUCGACCGCACAAACCGUCGGUCUGACGGCGGGGUCUUUCCUGUCGCACACAGUCUUCCUGGCGCUCCAAGCCCCGGAUUUCGCCAAUGCUUGGUUCAGAAACGUGCCCAAGGAGUACGGCUUGUUGACCCUCGGCGGGUACAUGAAAUUCUGGGGUUGGAUCUAUCUCCUGGUCACGGUCGGUCUGGCUGCGAUGAAAAGAGAAGACAAGACCAAUGAUCGGGAUAGCAUCAUGGACGUCUACCGCAGCAUGUUGGCCGUACUCAAACUUCCCAACAUCUUGACCAUCAUUGCAAUCCAUUUGAUCGCCAAACUCGGCUUCGUGACCAACGACGCAGUCACAAACCUGAAAUUACUCGACAAAGGCUUCGGCCAGGCCAACAUGGCCCUGGUGGUCCUGAUCGACUUUCCGUUCGAGCUGAGUCUGGGGUAUUACGCUGGCAAGUGGUCGACCGAGUACACGCCUUUGAGGUUAUGGUGUUGGGCGUACGUGGCUCGACUCCUCGCAGCCGUGUUUGCUCAAUUCACCAUCAUGAUCUACCCGAGCGCGCUCGAUGAAGCGGUUCCGUUGUGGUAUAUGCUUGUGGUCAUUGCCUCGCACGUCUACUCGACAUUCAUGAACACGGUCAUGUUUGUCGCGGUAUCUGCGUUCCACGCCAGAAUUGCCGAUCCGGCGAUCGGGGGGACAUACAUGACGCUGUUAGCCACCGUCUCGAACUUGGGCGGCACAUUCCCCAAAUUCUUCAUCCUCAAAUUCGUCGACCUCUUCACCAAAGCCACCUGCUUCCCACCCACCGAUGUGGACGCUUUCACCAAAGCUCAUCCAGACAUCACCCCUGUUACGAGCCCGUUCAGCUGUGCCUUGGAGGCCGACAAGAAUCUCUGUCUCAAAGGCGGCGGCAGCUGUGUUGUACAGCGGGAUGGGUAUUAUAUUACCAAUUUCAUCUUCGUCGUCAUUGGAGCGGUUUUGUUCUGGACAUAUAUAGAAAAGAAAGCUCUUGCGCUGCAGGCUCUGCCGCUACGGGCUUGGAGGGUGCAAGGCGACUACCGUCAGGUUGCAACGGGUUGA